AUGGCAGGUAAGAAAAUCCCCAUCAUUGUCACCUUCCAAGAACCACAAUCUUUCAAUGGAGCCUUAAAGGAUGUUGGAAUUUAAGAACUGGUCUUGUGGGGAUGCACUGUUCGGGUAUCUGACUUAUAUUCCAGGAAUCUCAAUGCAGUGGUCACAAGAAAUUAUGUUGUAGGAGAUGUGCAUGAUCCAAGUCAUUUUAACUAUGGAGUUGAAAUAAGUGAAGCUUACAAAAAAGGAAUAUUAUCCAAAGAUGUUGUAGAAAAACAGAAAAAGCUCAAAGAAGCAGAUUUUGUUAUUUUUCAGUUUUCUCUUUAUUGGUCAAACGUACCUGCAAUUCUGAACAGCUGGAUAGGCCAAGUUUUUGUUGAAGGAAUGGCCUAUGGAAUCUCAAAGUGUUACAAUUUAGGUUACUUCAACAGAAAAAAAAGAACCCUGCUAUCCUUCACUAGUGGGGGGCAUUGAUAAAUGUACUCCCAGGCAGAUGUAAAUGGGGAUAUUAGCAUUGUGCUGUGGCCUAUGCAGGUAUACUGGUGUUUAUAGAACU